GAGCUGUUUACUACGGAGUGGGAGCGCAGCUUUAACACACCGACAAAUCGCCCAGGCAGUCCAAGAUGGCUGCUCUCAACGACUCCAGCGAGGCCAACGAGAGCAGCCCUUACCGCUGCCAGUUCGACGAGGACUUCAAGUACAUCCUCCUGCCGGUCAGCUACGGCCUGGUCUUCCUGGUGGGCCUGGUGCUAAAUGUCCUGGCCAUGUACGUCAUCGUCUUCAGGACGAAGCGCUGGAAGUCCAGCACCAUCUACAUGUUCAACCUGACCGUGUGCGACACGCUGUACAUCCUCACACUCCCCUUCCUCAUCUACUACUACGCCGACGAGAACGACUGGCCCUUCAGCGAGCCCUUCUGCAAGGUCAUCCGCUUCCUGUUCUACGCCAACCUGUACGGCAGCAUCCUCUUCCUGUGCUGCAUCAGCCUGCACCGCUUCCUGGGCGUCUGCUACCCCAUGCGCUCGCUGCGCUGGGCCAGCGCCCGCCACGCCCGGCUGGUGUCCGUCGGCGUCUGGGUGACGGUGGUGGGCUUCCAGGCGCCCGUCCUCUACUUCUCGCGCACGCGCGAGUUCGGCGACGAGAAGACCUGCUACGACACCACCAGCGAGGAGCUCUUCGACGACUUCCUGGUCUACAGCUCGGUGAUCUCGGUGCUGCUCUUCUGCGUGCCCUUCAUGGUGGUGAUGGUGUGCUACGGGCUGAUGGUCAGGAAGCUGCUGGAGCCCACGGCGGGCGGCGCCUCCUCGCUGCGCUCCAAGCAGAAGUCGGUGAAGAUGAUCGUCAUCGUGCUGGCCGCCUUCAUGCUCUGCUUCCUGCCCUUCCACCUGACCCGCAGCCUGUACUACAGCUUCCGCUACCUGGACGAGCGCAUCAGCUGCGACCUCCUGGAGGCCUCCAGCAUGGCCUACAAGGUCACGCGACCCCUGGCCAGCGCCAACAGCUGCCUGGACCCCAUCCUUUACUUCCUGGCCGGCCAGGGGUUCCGCAGCAACCUCAUGGUUACCAAGAAGAACAGACAGACUCGCAGGGCAGGCACUGUGAAAUCCUCCACCACCCAGCUUUGAUAAACAAUAUUAGAGUACGAGGUAGGGGUGAUGGUACCUCAUUCAAAGGGAAAUGUGUUGCUGUGAUGUUGCAGAAAUGACAGAGUGUGGAGUAUGGAGCAAUGACAGGAGGGACAUGGACCUAUACUACAGAAUGUACUCAAGCAAAACAAUUCUGUUGUUUUGAACAACACAUAACAUAUUUUGUGGCCACUGACGUGUGGCAUGGUCAGCAGGACAGAGUGGCCCUGAAAGCAGGGUGCUCCCUGUCAGCAUAACUCCCAAAGGGAGCCACAGCUGUGCCCGCAAAGGCAGAAGAUGUGAAUGUAGACGGAUAACAGACAUUGAGGCGGGAUAUGACAUGGAAACAUCGAACUUCUACCGCACCAGUAAAUGCAGAGCCACUGCGUUUAAUAAUUCAUACGCUGUAGGA